CUGGGGAGGCCGGGCUGGGGAGGCCGGGCUCCGAGAGGCCGGGGACGGUUGCGGUCGGUGGGAAGGAGGAGGAGACGGGAGGGUGCCCGGGGCGGAAGCGGUGAGGACUGCGUGGGCGGGGUGUCCCCAACUCCGACCCGGCCUUGGAGGGAGGCUCCCAGAGGAAAAAGGGCGCCGUGACAGAUCCGGGGGGAUCCCCCUUCCCGCCCCGCACACACACCGCCUCCAGCCUGCCAGUGGUUGGCUCCUGCUAGGCGGAGUUGCUAUGGGCAACCAGCAAGCUGGGACCUGGUGGUUGGGGACCGAAGCGUUGGCCCGCGAUGCUCUGGCGUUAGCAACAACACAUUCCAGGUGCCCUAGCCCGUGGUAGGCUCAUCCCGCAUCCCCUGUGCGCCGCCCAGGUCGGACCUGGAGGCUCCUGGCCUUUCACAUCACUGGGCUGUUGUUUCUAAUGUUAGGGCGAAGGUACCCCCUUGCAGCGACAUUUCCCGGACAUGCCUGUCCUUGUAAGGCUCCUGGUGGCACAUGCUUGACCCAUCGGGAAGGGGAGGAUGACAUCCGUGCCUAGGAACAAGAUGUGAAUGGAGGAGACCUGUCACCGGAAGUUACACAAAUGGGAACACUGACUUCAGUUCUCCAGGAGUUUGCCACGAUGCAAGUCCUCCAGCACUCCGAGCAGACCUUGAAGACAGCUCUCAUCUCCAAGAACCCGGCGCUCGCGGCUCAGUAUGAGAAGCUUGAGGCCGGGGAGCGGCGUCUGCUGAGUGAAGCCUUCCAGCCCACCGGUGACCUCUUUGGACCAAUAACCUUGCACUCCCAGUCAGACUGGAUCACCUCCCAUCCUGAGGCGCCCCAAGACUUUGAGCAGUUUUUCAGCGAUCCUUAUAGAAACACGCCCUCUUCGGAGAAGCGUAGCAUCUACAUACAGGCCAUUGGCUCCCUAGGAAACACCCGGAUUAUCAGUGAGGAAUAUAUCCGGUGGCUCAAGGGCUAUUGUGAAGCAUUUUUCUACGGUUUGACGGUGAAACUCCUCGAACCAGUUUCUGUUUCUGCCACAAGGUGUUCCUUUAGAAUCAACGAUAACACACAAAACCUACAGAUCCACGCGGGGCACAUCCUGAAGUUCUUGAAGAAGAAGAAACCCGUAGAUGCCUUCUGCAUUGUGGGGAUUACAAUGAUUGACCUGUACCCAAGAGAUUCUUGGAACUUUGUCUUCGGACAGGCCUCCCUCACGGAUGGUGUGGGGAUAUUCAGCUUCGCCAGGUAUGGCAGGGACUUUUACAGCUCGCACUAUGAAGGCAAAGUGAAGAAGCUCCAGAAAAAAUCUUCCAAUGACUAUUCAAUUUUUGAUAACUAUUAUAUUCCUGAAAUAACUAGUCUUUUGCUGCUUCGAUCCUGUAAGACCUUAACCCACGAGAUCGGACACAUAUUUGGACUGCGACACUGCCAGUGGCUCGCAUGUCUGAUGCAAGGUUCCAACCACCUCGAAGAAGCUGACCGGCGUCCUCUGAAUCUUUGCCCCAUCUGUUUACGCAAGUUGCAGUGUGCUGUUGGCUUCAGCAUCGUAGAGAGAUACAAAGCGCUGGUGAAGUGGAUCGACGAUGAAUCUGCCAGCACCCCGGCGGUUACCCCGAGACAGAGUCGUGAGGAUAAUGUGAAUCUGCCCAAACCUGUGGAAGCCUUCAAGGACUGGAGAGAGUGGAUCGUCAAAUGCCUCGCCAUCCUCCAAAAAUGAGGGUCUCCACGUACGAGCCACCGCAGUAAACACACCUUCGCCUUUGCUCUGGGAGUGCUUCUGUGGGCCAGCCCUUGCUGAGUCCCUGAGACUGCGGGGGAGUGCCAGCCUGGACACGCAGCUCCCUGCCAUCAUGGAGACCUCUGUCCCACCGGGCUGAGCUGUGUCCGUGAGCCCCUCGCUUCCAUUCUUCACAUGUGUUUACGCCUCAGCAGAGAGCUAGGACUAGCGGUAACUAGCAAGUAAAUAAAUACUUUAAAAA